UUCAGUUUAAUAAUUUAAAGCAAAAUGAAACUACUGAUUGUUGUUCUUGCCCUGGUGGCCGCAGUUUUGGCCAGACCUCAAUUUGGACCUGGUGGUCAAGGAGGAUUUGGUGGUCAACAAGGCGGCUUUGGUGGACAGGGAGGAUUCGGUGGAGGUCCUGGAUUUGGUGGACAAGGUGGUUUCGGUGGCGGACCCGGAGAAUAUGGCGGUCAAGGUGGUUUCGGUGGCGGACCGGGAGGAUAUGGCGGUCAAGGUGGUUUCGGUGGCGGACCGGGAGGAUUUGGCGGUCAAGGUGGUUUCGGUGGCGGACAAGGCGGCUUUGGCGAACACCACAGACACCAUGGAGGACAUCAUGGGCGCUUCUAAUACCCCAAUUUCUUAAUCGUCUUAAAAUCGUAAACAAAAAAUAAAUAGUUUUUUCCAACAUAUACCUGCUGUUUUCGUGAACCAAAUAUUAAGGAGACCACGGAUCCUGGAGAUAACUCGCAAACGAAGGAAAGAACAAACACGCAUCUUGAGGAGACGCAAAACCAAGGAAAUACUACACUCUGGGAUUCUGCACACAGAAAAGAUUGACUCGGCUAUUGAUCCUGACUAAUAAUAUAUAUAUUAACAAUAUAUACACUUUAUUAAGUCGGAAUCGUUUAAUUCUACAUACAAAUUUCAUAGGAUGUGUCACUUCAUGUGAGAAUAUUAACAAGAUUAUCUUGGCAAUAAGCGCUUCGUCACUUCGUGGAUCGCUAGAUGACGUUUAUUUGGGAACUCGUCAUCUUCAUCACAACCUUUUCAUCUGUAAAACGUGACUCUACUAAUUAUUAUAUAUU